UCCAGAAGUCUGCUCCCAUCUCAUCAUAGCCAGCCUCCACUGCCCAUUUGUUAGGUUUGUCAAACAAGCACCUUCCCACUUCCAUGCUGUCUCUCACACUUGUGAACAUAGGCACAGCUGCCACCCUUAAAACUCACCAUUGCCAAGAUGCCUACAAAAAUAUGACAAUGGUUGUUGUUGGUGCGGGGAGAUCAUAUCUGAUUAUACUGUCUCACUAUUUCCUUGUAACCCCUCAUCUUCUUGCCAAUUGUCUUACACUCAGCUUGUAAAUUCUGGGGUCAUCUAUUGUUCUGUUUGUGCAGCAUCUAACACUGUAUGGUCUUGGUCCAUGACUGGGGUUCUCGGGUGCCAUAGCAAUACAAUCAGUAGAACACUUCUGACCUCUACGGCACUCCAUCCAUGAUAACUAUUGGCAAGAGCCACCCAGACAAGACUCGCUCUUCCUGAGAUCUCCCACCUCCUCUAUCUGCCAGUUGCUCUAAAGCAUUAAAGUUCAGAGAUUUCUCUUUGCUGCAUCAGAUUUGAUGCAGGUCUGGCCAGCUGACCCAGGAGUCCCUGUAUCUCAUUCUCUGGGAUCUGCAGUGAGAAUGGGAGAAGGGAUUUUUCAGGCUAGUCAUGCCAUCAGCUUUAUGAAUUUGAUAAGACUCAAGUGAGCUGUUUGUCCAGUUACCACAGCAACUCACAGGCUCCUAAACCCAUGCAGCUGGGAGGUGAGGCUUUGUGGUGUUACCAUCUGGGGCAGGACUUGUGUGUCAGAGGAUACACUCAAGGGCAGAGCACUGCCAGACUCUCUUGGCUCCUGGCACCCCACUGAAGACAGCAUCUAACUGCCACUCUGUGAGUACUCAAGUGACGAGUGCGUGCCUUGCAUGAAUUCUUACCCGUGCUAUGGAAACUGGGGCAGGUAUCAUCUGGAGCAAUGAUUCUGCCUUAAUUACUCUGUAUUUAAUGUGGAAAACAGGUGGAAAUGGGGGUAUCUGGAGGGUGCUUGGGUUAGAAGCAAGGGGGUGGCAAUGAGCUCCAUCCCAGGGUGCUUUGGGUAUGCUGUGGGUGGAGUGUGCAUUGAAGUGUUGUUGAGCAGUGCUGGACACUUUUGUGGUGCCUUGGAAUAGGGUUUGACUUUGUACUGCACUGAUGGAAUAAGCAGCAGGGAUCUGCCUUCUGGGUACUCACUGCUGGCACUGGAGGCGAUUGUGCUUUUUCAGUCCUGAACUCUGCCACCUCUCUGUCCCCCUGACCCUCCACAGCUCCAGCUAAUCCGGCCCUGACCUCCCCCCUCAAUUUGGCUGGGCCGCCUCAAUAGUGACCUGCAGCCCCCUUUCCUGCUCCUCAGGACAUGCCUGCUGUGGGGGAACUCACCCCACAGUGCAGUCAGCACAUCUCCGCUCUGACAUGCAGCACCUGUCACUCCUCUCCUGGGCUGAAGCCUCUGUGACUCUGUUGCAGACCCUCUUUUUAGUUGAAGGGAGGUUUUUUGGAGUUGCUAAUUCUGAUGUGUAACUGGGUAAAUAGAUAGCUGUUAAGUAAUGCCAGGUCCCACCCACCAGUUGUGCGUGCUGCCUCAGCAUAGCGUUUUGCUCCUACCAGUCUGGGUUGCAGGUCAGGAGACACCAGACAACAUUGGAGCUGCCAGGGUGGCUGAGAGCAACUGAGUGUUGUAACGAGCACUGGGAACCCUGCUUUACAGACUGAUGUGUCAGGAUGGCAGCAAAGAAGAAUUGGACAACGCAGAAUGGAAGUGCCAAGGAAAUGCUAGAGGUAAAGAGGAAGGUCCCAAUGAGUGCAGGAAGACAUGGAUCAAACAAGCACUGCUUUCUGUCUGCUGCAUGCCCUUCUGCAGUGGGAGUUGUGGGCCUGGCAGUGGAGAAUGUGCUGCAGAGGGUCUUGCAGCUUCCAGUGGUGAGUUCAACCCGAGAGAGCCUUCAGAGGACGUAUGCCAGCACCAAAGAGGCACACCCCCUCGUGGCUUCGGUGUGUGAGGCCUAUGAGAAGGGCAUGCAGGGAGCUAGCUCGCUGGCUGCCUGGAGCAUGGAGCCUGUGGUGCGCAGACUGGAGCCUCAGUUCAGUGCUGCCAACACCCUGGCCUGCCGGGGCUUGGAUCACUUGGAGCAGAAGAUCCCUGCCCUCCAGUAUCCGGUGGAGAAGAUUGCAUCCAAGCUAAAGGACUCCAUCUCCACCCCUCUCCAAAGUGCUAAGAGCACCAUUGGCAGCUCUGUAUUGGGGGCCCUGGACAAGAUCCUGGGGCUGGCUGCUGAGGGCUAUGAGCUGACCAGGAGCACAGCAACAAGCACAGCAGAAUAUGCCUGGAGCAGCCGGGUCAGCCAGAUGGCAGCCACAGGGGUAGACACAGCUCUAGGGAAGCUGGAGAAGCUGGUGGCAUUUCUCCUACCAGAAGAGGACUGUCAGCCAGCUCAGAAGCCUGCAGGGGCACAAGGAUCAAAGGCAGCGGCCUCCCAGGCACAGCCAGAGCUCAGCACUCUCCACAGGAUUGGCACUCUGACCAGCACUGUCUCCUACCAUGCCUACCAGCAGGCUGCCCGAGCCAUCCAGCACACAAAAGCCAAGGGGCAGGAGCUGGCCCUGUGGAUCCCAGGUCUGGGUGGUAUGGCCAAGCAGAGCACAGCCAAGGCCCAGCAGGUCCUGAGUGAUGUGCAGCAUGCAGCUUCAGGCUGGCUGAGCAGGCGACAGAGCAAGGAGCCAGAACAGCAGCCAAAGGAGAUGAAGAAAAAAGAAAGUGAAGCCAGAGAGAAAGCCGAGAGCAGCAGGAUUCCAAGCCUAGUAGGCAGCAUGGCCCAGACACUGCAAGCUGCCUAUCUCCCCGCCAUCUCCAGCAUGAAGAAGGUCCCCUCUGCUACGUGGGAUGCAGCUGGGGGACUGCUCCAGCUCACCCCCAACAAAGCAGCUUCCAUAGCCAGAGAGAAGGUGGGCGCUCUGGGGGGAACCCUGCGCAGUGCCUUGGGCAUCCUGUCCCACUAUGUGCCGCUCCCCAGCCUGCAGCUGAAAGAAAAAGAGACUCCAUGUGGGAGCAAACCCAUCCCUGGUCUGCAUAAAAGAAAGGAGGGCUCCAAGCCAGAGACUCCCCUGGCCCAGGAGAAGGUCCUGCUGAGAGUUGAGUGGCGGGCCAGCCGGGGACACCAUCCCCUCUCCUUCCUGGAUCUUGAGGAUCCCCUCUUCCUGCAACCAUUCCCCUUUCAGCGCCAGACGCUGCAUCGGGCCCUGGCCUUAGAGCCUGAAUACACAAUCUCCCGCAAAUCCACCUUCUCCCCCUACAGCAGCCGGAGAGUGAGCGAAGGUUCGCACCGCUUCUGUUCAGAGCCCAUCUACACCAGGGCUCACUACAGCAGCCUCUAUAGCACAGCCAUCAAGAAAGACUGAGUGGGAGGGCUCCUGAGCCCGCUUGCUGCCUGCUUAGCAUGUACCAGCCUACAGCCACUGUAUGUUAUGCUUCCCCUUGCAAGCGAUGUGGCAUUGGAUUUAGCAUUAAGAUCCUACCAGUUUAAUUUCCUAGAUGUGCUCUCUCCCAGUGCAUAGAGAGGAUGGGGACUUGCUUGUCACCUCUGGAACUAGGGUCGGGUACAGUGCAAGGGCAGAAGGAGAUUGAGUUUGAAGGUGCCUAUUCCAUCCCUCCCCUAACAGCAGUGUGGUUGUGGGGCCAGGUUUCUGCAUUGCUGUAACAACUGAACUGAAACAAAGGCCGACCUAGUAGGGAAACCUGCUGGGCAGUGAAAAUGGAGGUAAGAUGAGAGCAAAGGUUUGGUUUGUAUCACAACCUGUCUCUUAAAUGCAUCCCACCCAGGUGAGGCACAUAGGGCCAUGCCCUUUCUGCUUCUUUCUUCCAAGAAGAGGUAAUCAGAAAAGGCUCCAAACCUCAAAUUCUGUUAUUUUACAGUAGCCAAAUUAAGAAUGCAAUGGCUGGUCUGUCCUGUGUUUGAUGAAGGAGUUUGGGCUUUCAGAUAUAUGUUGUGAGCCCUCUUGGGCCCAAUUUAACAAACUACAUGGUGGGUCUUUAACAAAAAUAGAUUUUCCCAAGAGUGCAUUGGUCAUCAUAGUUAAAUAGGCUGUGAGACAUUUAUCCCACAAACUACCCUGUAAAUGAAGCAGACAGGCUGUGGGAGGGGGCCCCUCAUGCUUGCGAUGGGGCUUUGACAGCUAUCCAGUUGGAGGUGGUUUCAUAAAUGAGCAGGAAAACAUAAGAAGAAACAAUUUAUCUUGGAGGAGAGCAGAGUAGCCCACAGAAGAGGGAGAAAUGGAGCAAGUAGAGACCAGAGGAGAAAAAGAGGAAACAGAGAGAGUGGAGAAGGCCAGAGAGCGAGAGCUGAAAAGGGAAGGCACUGGGAGGCCUGGUUGCUUGUAGCUGAUCCUUCUUCAACAGAAGUAAUUGGCCAUGGACCUUGUGUGGGUGGCAGCUGUGACAGGGACCUGUGUUCAACUUGAGGCCCCCUAAUCAGAGCCACUGGCUCUUCAACUUCUCGCAGCAAUAAAUGUUCCCCACUUGCUUUCUACAUGACUUUCUCAUUUCUUCCAUGUGAGUCUCAGGGACAGCUGCCUGGUACAUACAUGGGUCCUGAGUGACUGGCUGAUCCUGGCACUGGAGAGAGACAGGAGAAGAUAGCUGUGACCCCUACUCCUCCCCACCCCCCAAAUUCUGGAGGUGGCUACAUUAAACCAGCCCCAGGAGCUGC